CCUGAGCUCCCCUCUGUUACUCAUUAUCCGAGCGGAUCUGGAGCACUGAGUGUGCACUUUGUGUGAAACAAUGGGAUGAAAACGACUAAACUACACAGGGUAUUGCAAGCAGUUUCAUAUGACUCUGAAGAGAAAAGGACUACAACAAGGGCCUAUCCGAAGAAGUGUCUUGGCUACAGAUUAAAAAAAACACAAAUGUCAACUAUAAAUGUCCGAGUUACAACCAUGGAUGCAGAGCUGGAGUUUGCCAUUCUGCCCAGCACAACUGGCAAACAGCUUUUUGACCAGAUAGUGAAGACGAUUGGGCUGAGGGAAACAUGGUUCUUUGGCCUUCAGUAUCAGGACAGCAAAGGCUUUUCCACCUGGCUUAAGCUGAACAAGAGGGUGACAGCUCAGGACGUGAAGAAGGACAACCCUUUGUUGAUCAAGUUCAGGGCCAAGUUUUACCCCGAGGACGUCGCCGACGAACUGAUCCAGGAGGCAACGCAGCGCCUCUUCUUUCUGCAGGUGAAAGAAGGUAUCCUAAAUGAUGAUAUAUACUGUCCUCCUGAGACUGCCGUACUUUUGGCCUCAUAUGCAGUUCAGGUCAAGCAAGGAGACUACAGGAAAGACUAUCACGUACCGGGAUACCUCACAAGAGAGAAGCUGCUGCCACAGAGGGUUUUGGAGCAGCACAAGCUGAACAAGAGUCAGUGGGAGGAAAGAAUCCAGGUGUGGCAUCAGGAGCACAAAGGAAUGCUGAGAGAGGAUGCAAUGGUGGAGUACCUGAAGAUAGCCCAGGAUCUGGAGAUGUAUGGGGUCAACUACUUCAGCAUCAAGAACAAGAAAGGGUCUGAGCUGUGGUUAGGAGUGGAUGCUCUGGGGCUGAACAUCUAUGACAAAAAAGACAAGAUGACCCCAAAGAUUGGAUUCCCCUGGAGUGAGAUCAGAAAUAUUUCCUUCAAUGACAAGAAGUUCCUCAUCAAGCCGAUUGACAAGAAAGCUCCGGACUUUGUUUUCUAUGUACCUCGUCUUCGCAUCAACAAACGUAUCCUGGCACUGUGCAUGGGGAAUCAUGACCUGUACAUGCGUAGACGUAAACCUGACACCAUUGAGGUGCAGCAAAUGAAGGCCCAAGCCAGGGAGGAGAAGAACAAGAGACAAAUGGAAAGGGCUCUGCUCGAGAGUGAGAAAAAAAAGCGAGAAAAUGCUGAGAAGGAAACAGAGAAGAUUGCUCGUGAGACCAUGGAGCUCAUGGAGAGAUUGAGACAGAUUGAAGAACAGACAAAGAGAGCUCAAGAUGAGCUGGAGGAGCAGACCCGUAGGGCGCUUGAGUUAGAGAAGGAGCGAACAAUUGCUCAGGAGGAGGCUGAGCGCCUGGACAAGGACCGUAGAGCUGCAGUAGAGGCUAAAGCAGCCCUGCUACACCAAUCUGAAAGCCAGAUCAGGAACCAGGAAAGCUUGGCCACUGAGCUGGCAGAUCUUACCUCUAAGAUCUCCCAGCUGGAAGACGCCAAGAAGAAAAAGGACGACGAGGCUAAAAGAUGGCAGAAAAGGGCGAUGAUGGUGGAAGCAGAUUUGGAGCGAACCAAAGAGGAGCUGAAAACUAAACUGAUGGGUGUCCACAUCCAGGAUUCAGUCCACACUCACAUGCACGACCACGAUGAGACAGAUGAGAGCAGCGCGGAGGCUAGCGCCGAGCUGACCUCCCCGGGCAUGGUCCGAGAUCGCAGCGAGGAGGAACGAGUCACAGAGGCUCAGAAGAACCAGAGACUGCAGAAAAACCUCAAGUUCCUGAGCACUGAGCUGGCUGCAGCCGUAGACGAGAGCAAAAAGACCCCCAAUGACCUGAUCCAUGCUGAGAAUGUGAAGGCAGGCCGUGACAAAUACAAGACCCUGCGUCAGAUUCGUCAGGGCAACACUAAACAACGCAUUGAUGAAUUUGAGUCCAUGUGAGAGACUCUACAAUCGGCCCACUCAGACCGAUGGCUAGAUAGGGAAAGAUGAUGCACAUUUAGAGAUUUUAGAAAGUGCAGAUCGUUGCAUUAGUAUUAAAUUAACAUCACGUAAUUGUUUGGAUGUGACAACAAAUGAUAUUGUGUUCUGAUGUCUCUAAAGUUUACGAUUUUCAUAGCCUGCCAUUUCAUUAGAAAACAAGUCACCACUGAGGAAAAGAAAACUGUCCUUGGAAAUACAUUUUUAAUUUUGCACAAACAAAAACCAAACACUCCCAGUCUAGUCUAGUGUUGCAAACAAAUAAUACUAAUUAUCAUCAUUGCUCUUAUUUUUCUUAUUUAAAAAAAAAGAUUUGCUGUUGUUGAUCUGAUUAGACACAACUGCCAUUUCAGUAUGCCAUAUGGAAAACCUUAUCAAUGUUGAUUAAUUGAAGCAAUGACAUUUAAGGCAAUUGUUAUUAUUCCAACUAGAUGUGAAAUUCUCUAUUCUUUAUCUCGGAAAUAAAAACAAAGAGAAACACAGUCGGUCUGCCCUGGGUGCGUCAAGUUCCAUAUGAAUGAGUAAGCAUCACCUUCAGUGUGCUCUGUGAGGCAGUCUGCUUCCAGUUAUCACUUUCAAAGCACCUCCAUUUCUCUAAUAUAAAUAAACAGAAAAGCUAGAUUGCCACUGUUUUUUUUCUAUAAUCCAAGACUUCAUCUUAAAUCACUACACUUUUGCUGUGUUUCUUCAUUUCUGCAAGGAGGAAGACAUCUAGAAUCAACCCCACACUCUCCAGCAAGCAGUCAUGUUUUCUCUCUAUUUGAUUUUUUUACUGGAUAGCACAAGGAAAUAUGUGAAAGAUAACAGGAAUUUGAGUGAGUUUGUUUUGAUUUAUAGUUUUUGUAGUUUGUAGACUUUUCUAUAUCAUUCUCUUGUUGCUGAUUCAUCACAUGCUUUAUAUAAAUGAAGCCAAAGCUGUAGAUUUCAGGGUUGGAAAGAUGGAAAAGAUAUAUCCUCCACAUUGAGGGAAACAAAUAUUGAAUACACAAAAACAGUGCUCAAAGAGUAUGCACUGAUAAUCGUGUAUAUAAUAUCUGUGGUGCAAAAAGUUAAGAUUCCAUUAAUCUUUAGUCCAGGGGUUAAAAUUACUGAAAAAUGAUUGGUCAUUGAUGAGAAUAGCUGCCAAAUGUACAUUUAAAGAGGAUAGUGCCUCAAAUAAAAGACACUAAAGAGGAAAGAGGACUAAUAACACAUAUAUGUGUGUUGAAUCAGGAGGUGUAAUAAUAUGUACAUGUGUGUGAAAAGUUAAUCUAG